AUGGAUCAGCGAGACAACUUCCUACAGCGAAGAGUGGACCUUGUCUCUGCCAGUCAGUCUGUCGUCCGGAGCACUGAUCAACCAGGGUUCACUAUGUUCAUGUCCAACCGAACCUUGAAAGGCACCGCUGGGAUUCAUGAGCCCGACGCCAGCGCUCCAAAUACCUAUUUCUUUUUAAGCACGCUGCAGCAUAUUUAUUGGCGUACGGAGCUGGAAGGGUCUGGAGGUUUGGGCCAUACGAAAACUGGGAGAGACAGGGAUCGUGCACUGUACUUCCCUGCCUGCAAUUAUGAUGUUGACCUGCUCGAGUUCCUGGUCAAUGCCGUCGCUCGGUUGCCGACUUAUGAAGUGGAAGCCUUGAAAGUGAUUCUUGAAGGCUGCGGCGGCAAUGCCAAUGAAGCAAUCGCCGAGAUUGAGAGCCAAUUCAGCACAGUCUCCAGCGAAUCUAGGGUAUUAUGCGAGGAUAUCCAAGAUCAGGAUGAAGAAAGUGGUUGUAUAGUCAAAGAUGAUGAGCGUCCAUAG